UGUCAUUUGUAUGUCAAAUUAGUAAGACUAAACGCGAUGUUUAGCAGAUUUUUUACGAUAAAUAUUCGUAGUAUUUAAAUUAUCAUAGUUCCUAAGUAGCAAAAUGUUAACGAAUUCAGCGUAUGUGAUUUUAGUUUAUACUUUAUCAGCUGCGGUCUUAGCAUUAGCCGGUCGUGAUUUUUAUCAAAUUCUCGGCGUGUCUCGUUCGGCUAACACGAAUGAAAUAAAAAAAGCUUACAGAAAACUAGCAAAAGCGUUACAUCCGGACAAGAACCAAGAUGAUCCAAAUGCAUCGCAGAAGUUUCAAGACCUGGGGGCCGCAUACGAAGCCCUGUCGGACCCCGAGAAGCGAGAGUUGUACGACCGCUGCGGCGAGGACUGCCUGAAGAAGGACGGGAUGAUGAACAACAACGAUCCUUUCGCUAGUUUCUUUGGAGACUUCGGCUUCCACUUCGGCAACGAACCGCAGCAGCAUGAGACGCCGCGUGGAGCAGACAUCACCAUGCAGCUCACAGUAACGCUUGAAGAACUUUAUAAUGGAAAUUUUAUUGAGAUUACAAGAAAUAAGCCAGUCAUCAAGCCAGCACCCGGCACACGCAAAUGCAACUGUCGGCAAGAGAUGGUGACCCGUAACUUGGGUCCUGGGCGCUUCCAGAUGAUGCAACAGACAGUGUGUGAUGAGUGCCCCAAUGUCAAGUUUGUCAAUGAGGAAAGGCUAUUAGAGAUUGAGGUAGAAGUAGGUGCACCAGAUGGACACCAAUCGCGGCUGCGUGGCGAAGGCGAACCCCACAUGGAUGGUGAGCCUGGAGACCUCAUCAUCGAGCUGCGCACCGAGCGUCACCCGCGCUUCACGCGCAAGGGAGAUGAUCUUUACACCAAUAUUACCAUCUCGCUGCAGGACGCGCUAACCGGGUUCACGCUGGAGCUGCUGCACCUGGACGGGCACCCGGUGUCGGUGACGCGCGACAAGGUGACGUGGGCGGGCGCGCGCGUGCGCAAGAAGGGCGAGGGCAUGCCCAACUUCGACAACAACAACCUGCACGGCAACCUCUACAUCACCUUCGACAUCGAGUUCCCUAAGCAGGACUUUGACGAUCAGGAGAAGGAAGCCAUUCGGAAGAUACUUAAGCAGUCACCAAAUAAUAAAGUGUAUAAUGGACUUUAGUAGUUGCCUACUGCCAAUUUUAAUUUAUUGAAAUAGUAGAAUUGAAUGCGAUGGUAUGAACAAAGUCUUGUUUUUGUCAGGGUUUUGUGUCGGUAUGUGGUGUGGAAACCAUGUGAUUGUUUUUGUAAAAUAAACUUUUACCAAUAAA